GGACCCUCCCUCAUGUCGCUAUUAUUCUCUUAUCCUUUGCUCAUAAGGGUUGCCUAUCCUCCUGGCGUAUCCUCUCGAAAGGAAUGCGCCCAGUUAUCACCAACGAUCAACCUCAACCAUUCAAUUUCCACGGGCAAAUCUUUGAGUCUACUAGAACAGAAAGACAAAAAAAAAGAGGUCCCCAGGUCGACGCCUGCCUACUAGACAGAAGCUGCGACCAAGCUGGCUGCAUGUCUGGUGUCUCACCACCUUCCUGUUCACCGCCAGCCAGCCGCGAAGCAACAUUUGUAAAGCCUGCUAUCUUUUGAAGAUACGCUGAAUCAAUCAGCCACUGUGCAAUCUCGUCAUUUCUGCGCCUCUGCCGCGCCAGCAUCACGACAUACCCUGCAAGCGAUAUCUUGCUCACUCGGCACUCGAGACAAAUUUCUUCUCGGCUCAACUUGGAUUAUCAACUCACGCCCCACCCAUUUUGGGCCAAAGAGCAACAAAGCAGGGUCACCAACCAUCUUUUGUGAUCGUCGCCUGCCUAUUCCCUUCCUUUCCUUCUUCAUGCUGCACGUUGCCGCACCGUUGGACACGCAUUGCCUUAUCAGUUCCGUUGCCUCAGGGUAGCAGGCAGGGUCCUACCUCCUUGCUUCUCUACCUACCUAGCUUGACAACUUAAGUUAUCUGAUCCUUGUGUCUUACCACGCACGCCCGCUGUUCUUCUACAUACCUUUGCCUACCUCCAGGUACGACGAGGACGGACGACGAGCCGGGCUGCUGGCCAAAGGACCUAGACAGAGGCACCUUUCUCAACCGGAUUUUUAUUUCACUAUCGUCGCGGGUUUUAUCUGCCACCACUCAACUGCCUGUAUUACAUCGCCCUAGAUUUCUUCCCAUGGAACCCCUGCGACCACCCCAUGCGCUACACUAUUAUACGGUGUUCUGAUGUGCCUUUCUGAUAAAACCAGUCACCUUUUUUGGCUCCUGUUCUUCCUCCCCGCUUGCCCCAUCACUCUCUUAUCACCUGUCAUCUCCGGAUGCAAAAUAACUAGCCCGCCCGCCCCACCGUUCCGUGGUCCAGACUAAGUUAGUCAAAUCCUGGAGUAAACGACCAGGACUUUUCUGACCACAUCGCCGGUCCUUCUAAAACAACCCACCGACCCUCCCCAGGCCGUCCCGCUCACAGCCUAGGCAAUAUAACCGUCACCAUGUCGUCAAACUCCUCACCCUCACCACCCGCGCCGUCUCAAAACCCUGUGAAUCAGGGAGACAGUAAGUUCCCGCAGGGCUACUGCCGCUAUCUCCUCACCGAUGAAGGACUCAAGGGGCAGCGGUGCGGAUGUGCUCGCUUUGCACACAGAAGCAACAUUCCUGGUGCACUAUGCAUAUGCGGCCAUCAGUCAUGCUUUCAUACCAACGAGCCCUACAUGCCCGAGUUGGACCACUUGAAGAACGAAUUCAGGCUUCUGAAGCUCGAGUUCGAGAAAAGCGGCAAGGAGCAAGCUGCCAUGCGGAACAGAGACCGCAAUGACUGCAUCCCUCGGCUUGGAAAUCUAGAGGAACUUGUCGAGAGGAGCAUGGGCGAAGUCAGGUCUGAGCUUCUGAAUGCCUGGGCCAAUAUCAGUCAAAGCUGGAACAGCAUUCGAGAGCUCGAGAGCAAAUUACAACAGCAGAACGAUCGUCUUAGCAACCUAUUGGCUACGGACCAGAGGCGUACCGGAGAUGUCGAUGUGCUGAGGGCCGAUGUCAAGAGGCUUGAGGACCGCGUGAAGGAACUACAUGAUGCCGAUAUUGCUCUAGAGGAAAGGGUUGAAGCGCUUGAGACUGCCGAGGACUUGGAAGAGUCUACAACUCCAUCAAGACCACGACGCGCUUCUAUAAUCGACCUGAAUCCACGCCACUCGGCUCCGGACGUCACUGCCUUCAACUCACCUAUCAAGAGCACACCGGCUAUCAGACCACGUAACCUUAUACCACUGGUCCCUGAAGGGGCUACCACAUGGACUACGCACAUUUCUCUGCUCCCGGACAAGACAACGCCGUUUCCUUUUGAAAAGGACACCAAGGCAUACCAACGAUGUCUAUCGCGAGGCCUGCACCAGACUGUUGUGGUAAAUGGGUUUGGUGCCGAAGCUUUCAGCUCGGCCGUGACCACUGCAUUUGCCAGUCUUCUCAAAGGUCGCCAGUGGAUGCCCCUGGAGGCACAGCUGUGCAACGCCAAGACGCUGCAAGGCCUCCCGAUGCUGCGCCAGCUCUCUGAUUCGCUGGUGCACGGGAAGUACGAUUACCAGUUCCUCCGCAAGUACUGCGGCGUAUGCGACCCGAACGGAAGAAUCGAGUCGCUUUACAUUGCCAUGAGAUUUGACACCCUAUCAUGGCAUGCGUUGCGCCAUGCACCCGUUUACAAGGAGAGGCUUGAGGGUUGCUGGGAGUACGAUCACCAACUCGACCACGACAGCGCCCUUUUGGAUGACGAUGACUUUGGGGAAGACAACAGGCCGUCGGCGGGGGACUUACUACCGCCGACUGUCGCGAGCAGUCUCAAGCGCACUGCGGCGGAGAUCUCGAGGUCUAAUAGCUUCGGGUCGUCAGCGCCAGCGGCUGGAUCUGUUACAAUCACAUCCGAGGGUGAGGGACAGUCCCGACCCAAAUCGCAGCGGGUUGCUCCUAACAUGGUUGAGGCCCGAAGACGCGCCGAGAGAGUUUGAUACUGGUCUUAUUUAGCCUCAUCCACACUGGAAUCGAGCAGCAAUAUAGUCACGACAGCAAAAAUUCAAACAUUACCCAUAAACAACACAUCAUCAUCCGCUACGACCAGCCCAACUCUAUACCCAGAAUACCACGGUCGCCACGGCACAACCCGUAUACUCACCUAGAUCCGCACGCACUCGAUUUCGCCCACCAUGGGAAAGAUACCUACAUCGCAACUUGAGCUAUAGAACGUCACCAGGAGAUUUAUGAUUGGAAGGGACGUCGGAUAUGAUAAAACGGCAUCUCAGGAUUACUUGUUUCACUUUGCGGAGACAUCUGGCAACUUUUUGUUUAUAUAGAUACCUUGGAUCUUCGGUGAUUGUUUUCCCCAAAUUAAUUCCAUUGUAUGGUUGGAGGAGGGAAAAGGGAUCUUUCAUAGAUUAUGAAGUCAUUUGUAGUUGGCUUCACACUUGAGAUGUGAAGUAGUAAAGAUAGGUUGGUACCUACCUAUCUAUCAACUCUACUCUCAUUCGACUAAACCUUUUUUCACUCUCGCCAUUUUUUUCAUUAAUUUGGGUUGAGUCUUGACACUGAACGAUGGUACACAGGGUUGAGAUUCCUACCAUGUGGUCUUGACGUUGCCAAGGUUUGGUGAUAGGAUAUAAUUAGACAAAAGGGUUGAUAGUGACGAUCGAU